AUGAGUGCUAACAGUGAUACUACGAAUAAUGGAAGAACAGGGAUUCAGGACAGACUGGGGAGAACUACCGCCAGCAUGAAGAUAUCUGGUUUUCUUCUGUUAAUGUGUGGAGUGUUUUCUGUUCAAUCGGUGGAUACAGAAACUGAAUAUUGCCAGAAACAGAAGCUAAACGACAACCAAUGUGCUUUAUCUGGAAAAUGGAGAAAUCAGCUCCAGUCGGAGAUGGUAAUUACCUGCAAAGACGGAACCAUCUCAGGCAAAUAUACCAGCGCCGUGGGGCAAGCUUCGAAGGAGUACGAGCUAAUGGGGAGGUAUACACAGGUCAAUGACAAGGACUACAUGGUAGGGUGGUCAGUGGCUUGGAAAAAUCAGUAUCAAGAUGCCAAGUCCGUUACAAGCUGGACAGGCGUAUUUUACGGCGCGGAGGGCGUGAUUAGGACCCAGUGGAUACUUAGUAGCUUCGAAGAUCCUGACGAUUUCUGGGAGACGUUCAUUACUAACCAAGAUACUUUUAGCAGAAUUAGCCAGUGUUAAAUUUCUAUAGCUUCCAGAUUAGAGAGUGUUAGAUAGCUUCCAGAUUUAAAACAAUUUAAAUGUAUGUCAUUGACUACCGGGUAUGCCUAAUUUUAUAAUCAUUAUAACUUAUUUAUAUGUCUUUGGUAUCGUUGAUUCUCAGAAUGCUUAGCCUUUACGAAAAUUUCCCCCAUGGAAGAUAAUCAUUAAAACUAAAAUGAUUUUAAAAAUGA